GUUUGGUCGGUCUCUUGGCGGCUGCUUUUACCGGAUCCUCGCUCCGCUCUCCGGCUAGCUGAUCCUGUCGCGGGCGGCUACCGUUUCGCCGCGGAGCCUCCUCUCCCCACAGAGUCGGCUCUUGUGCUCAGCUUGGUGCUCCGUUUUGCGUCGCCAACACCCCCCCUUGGAUAUAUCGCAAAACCAAACAAGGAUUCCAGAAUCGAGGCUUCGUCGCUUCAUCCAGCUGGCUCCCCACCCUUGCCGCCGCGAGGUUGUUUUGUUCAGCUGAGCCGGCUAGCCUUCUGA